GCUGCCAUUUUAAACAUAUUGUGAACACAAGCCAAUCUUCUGCACAACUCCAUUAAAUAUUCAAACUGUCCUUUUCCUGAACUAAAGGAAUUUUAAUAUUUUAUAAAGAUUUUUAAAAUUAUUGUUUGGAAGACCAAAAGCAAAAACUAAACAAACCGUUAAUAUAACUCAAGGAUCCAAAUAUUAACUAGAAUGAAAUUAAGUAAAAAAUAGGUAUCAGAUUGUACACAUCUAUUUAAUGUAUAUGGUACCAAAAUAUUGUCAAAUAUUUUUGUGGUACAAUGGUUAGAAUGCAGUAUUGCAUUAUGACUUUGCCCACUGCCAGGAAUUUGAUCCUGACUGGCUCAAGGUUGACUUAGUCUUCCAUCCUUCCGAGGUUGGUAAAAUGAGGACCCAGAUUGUUGGGGGCAACAUGCUGGCUCUGUAAACCACUUAAGAGAGAGCUGUAAAAGCCCUAUAAAGCAGUAUAUAACUCUAAAUGCCAUUGUUAUAUCAAGCACUUAAAUUUAGUUAGAAGCUGAUAGUGUGAAAUUUUUUACAAACUCAGAAAAUUGAGAAAAUUAUAUUUAAUACCAGACACAUGAGCAACCCUACCCUACAUAUGGGUAAGCCUCUUGGAUACUCUCCAGGUGGGUCUCUUCAUGUCCCAGAAGCCUCAGCAAUUUCAUGAGUUAUUCCGUAUUAUGUUGAGAUGCCCAGAUUGAGGAAGGCUGCCAUAGGCUGUGUUUGUACAUUAAUUGAUUUUGUAAACCUGGUUAAAUUGCAAUAUUGAAAUUAAUUAUACCACAAACCUCUAGAGCUAUAAUAAAUUCAGAAAGCACAUAUUGACACUAGUUCAGGACAAUUAAGUUCAGAAGAAUCCAGAUUAUAUCUAAGGAAAAUGUUUCAAAUAACAUCUCUUCCCAUUAUCAUUUUAUUUUAAUGUUAUAAUGGACAUGUUUCAUCAUUUAAACAUACGUUUUUACACAUUUGCAAACAGCUGAGGGCAAAAAUGAAAAUAAAAAUUGUGCUGUAAAAUGGCUAAACAAAUGGCUUACAUUCUAAACAAAAUUUAGAAAGCUUUUACUCAAUACAGAAAUUUUUACCAUUAUGAAAUAUUGCAUGAUCUGGACACAAGCAUUCUUUCAGAUAAGGAGACUUAAAGAAAUAAUGUAAUAAUGCAUGUUCAAGUAAAUAUGGACUAAAGUGGUUCUUCAAGGUACCUGCUCACCAACUUCUUUAUGGCUUUAGGAAAUACCAUCAUUGGCCAGGAUAGAAAAAAAGUAAUUAAACUGUCCUGUUCUGUUGGAAAGCAACUGAUUGAAGUUAUAUUUGAAACUUUGAGAAUUGAAUCAGUUUGUUACUUUAUCUCAAAAUACACUUCUAUCUGGAACAAACUAAUAAGAAAUCAUGGCUCUAGGAACUAGUUAGACUAGGGGUCUCCAACAUUGCCAACUUUAAGUAUGGCGGAUUUCAAUUCCCAGAAUUCCCCUGCCAGCUUUGCCAGCUUCUGGGAGUUGAAGUCCGCCAGGCUUAAAGUUGGCAACGUUGGACACCCCUAAAUUAGUGGCCUAAAUUAGGCCACUAAGAUUUUAUAUUAUCUUUUUUAUUUUUUAUAGAAAAAGAACCACAACUGCAAAAUUUAACAUUUCUUCUCCAAUUUACAAAGGACUCCCAAGCUAUUAAAAUUGUUAAUAUGUGUAAUAAAUGUGUUAUUUACUACAUCUGCUUUUGACAAUCUCAAUGCAAUGCUUGGUUUUCUCUCCCACAACCCCAAAGUAAAGGAUACACCCCAUCUAUUUACAGUGGUCAAUUCCUUUGCCCUUGUUUGUAAUUUGUCACAACUCUCCGGGUUUAACGGUUUUUAAAAUAAUAAGUUGUUUGCCAGGGUUCAGAACCCCGCCUCCUCGAAAAAAAUUCUAUCAGUGUUUGUAGUCCCAAAUAAAAAACGGAGAUUAAUCAAUGAGCGAUGGCAUUCUGCACGAUUUUGCCGAAACUGUUCUUGAAAUCUCCCCAAGUAACGAAAGGUUGGCCAACACCUCCCGUUCUGAAUUUAAAUUUAGUGAGAAUGUGGCCAAUCCGCAGCUUCCAUUCGUUACGUUUGAAAGCCAACAGUUAAUUUUUGCAGGUAAUUGGUAACCAUCAAUCGGGAAGAUCUUUCUCCAUCGAGGUUACCGGUAGUAGCUCCAAACUACUCACUCCGCAAAACCAAACCUCAGUCGCCUGGCGGGAAAAGCGGGACUUUCUCCCACACCUUCCCUCCACCCCCUCUCCCUCCCCAAGUCGGGCUUUAACUGUCUCUGUCAGGUUCUGACCAAGUCGCCGGCUGAGGCAGAACCGGACGAGCCGGCGCCUUCGGCCGACCAUGGUAGAGACGGGCAAGAGAAUUGAGGACGCCGGCAACCUCCCGGCCACCAGAAGACUCCGCGUGAUUCUGCGGAGGAGAAGGAGACGCCAGCGGGAGGGAAACUUGGCAGCGGCGCUGACGCAAAGCAUGGCGCUGGCCGUGGUGGGCACGGCGGGGGCUUAUCCCAGCUGGGUGCUGGUGAGCGGCGGAGAGGUACAGAUUGUGCUGGGAGCGUCUUGGGUCAUCAACAAGGCCGGCCCCGCCUCCGGGUCGCUGCUGCUGGGCCCGAAAGGGGCUCCCCUCAUGUUGGCCAUCGCUUUCUGCUGCGCUUUGAGCGUGUUGAUUGGCUCGUUGGCCCUGACGCUGGACUUCUUGGGAUGGCGGCGGUGGCGCUCGUGGGCGCCGCUGUUCCACGGUUUCGCCACGCUGCUGAUCGUCUCCGCGACGGCGCUCGGCUUCAGCCUCUUGGAGGUGAUCUCCAGACGGAUCCGCACCAAGAAGGAGUUUCACGGGUACGAUUUAUCCAUCAGCCCCGGGCAGAGCCUUUUCUUGGCCUUCCUGGCCUGCAUCUUGGCAGCCGCCGCCACUUACAUAAGCUUCAAAACCCCGGCUUUGAUGGAACCGCCGCGCUGCACCCGGGAUUUGGAAAAGCUCGAGGAGUUGAGAUUCUUCCCGAGCCGCGUUGGACCGAGAGAAUUUACCGACGCCUCCGCAGCGUCGUUGUCUUUGAGGAAUAAAUUUGGACGCGGGAGCAGCUCGAUGGAGGACGACACGGCGUCAGAGAGAGAGGAGCUCCACGAGUGCGAAAACUGCAGAAAACUGCACGUGUCCUCUUCUCAUGAAUGCCCUCUAGAAAAACGAAGGCGACAGCAGGAAGCUAAAGAAUAGCCUGACCGAGGGUGGCAGCGGCGGCUAUUACAGAGGGAAAGUAGACAUUUAGCUAAAGUGAAGGCGAGCGAAAACGAGGAGAACGUUUGCAGUUACGAGGCCGAAGUUUCUGGUCGGCAGUCUGGAGGCCAAAAGCGCACAUACCUUUGGACAAACCUCAACAAUCUGAAUGUGUUAGGAAAGCAAGACUCAUGCACUAUAGUCCUUUCCCGUAUUUAUUCUUAGGGAUAUUUUACUUUGGAUAGGAGAAAUAUUCACUGGGCAUUCAUUAAUGGAAAACGAAAGAUAAAAGGCGUAUGAAACUGACAACUGAAAAACUAAAUGCAAGCAUUUUAUAUUAAUCAGCAAUUAAUAAUUACUUCAGCUGAGUAAACCCAAAUGUAUACAAUUUCAUUUUAAAGCGUUCAGAUUUGCACAAUUUUUCACCUUUAAGAAUGUAUUUUUACACUAUAAGCAAUUUUGUUCAAAUCACACCAGCUACUUUUCAAAGGUUAUUUCAACUCCUGUGUGAAUUAAUGUUAAAAUUCAGAUCAGAACAGGAACUUAAUCUAUAAUUCUAAAAUUAACACAGAAUUAUCAUUUCCAGAGAUCACAGUAUAUUUGAACCAUUUGCUAGGAAAUAUCCUGAGGCAAGCCAGCUAUGGCAUGCCUAAACAUCAGAUAAGCUAACUCCAGCUUUAAAUUUGUAUCACAUUUAAUUCAGCAAUUUACCUUUAUUCGAUGUAUUUUCUGGAUGUUGUGUAUAUUCUGAAGCUUAUCCGAUUCUUCAGUCCCGUUUCUUCCCGUCCCCCAUUUCUUGAUAUUUGUUCUUAAACUUCUUAGACCACCUUGCAUCUUUUGAGAGAUUUAUUAUAGUUUGUUUUUAAGUACUAUCUCUAAGGUGAAAAGGACGAACCAAUUACAUACAUAACUGCCUUUGACAGAUGCUUGGCCUUUAAGAUGCUUAAGAUCCAAAAAUUUUAUUAGUGGAUUCAAAAUGCAGCAAUAAGCUAAUUUUGAAUCUUGGAUUUAAAUAUGCACUGUGCAAACACAAAUAGGCAAGAUCACUUUAAAAAUAUUUAAAAUGGGCAUCAGUAAGAUUUUUUUCUUGUAAAUUUUUUUUAAAUUAAAUUUGUCAUCUUCCUGUACACCACAUUAGAAAGGAAAAACAAGCUUUUGUAACCUCAAAUGUUGUUUCCCCAUUUUCUUUUAAAUAUUAUUGUAAACAUUCUAUUGGGGGAUAAAAUGAGUGGACCAAGUUCAGUCAUGUAUUAAGAAUAUUCAAUUUUAAGCAAUAAAUUAAUUUUGAUGUAUAAAUGCAGUUAUACUCUUGAGCUACAAUUUUACCUAUCCAGUUUUAACCCCUUUCCCCCAGUUCAAUCAUACUGGAUUAUAAGAGACUGCCUGGAGAAGUCCUAUUUUCCUUGCAAGAUUUUUCAUAAGUUGUUUGCCACUGCUUUCUUUCUAGGGAUGAGAAAAAUGACUAGUCCAAGGUCACACAGCAGGCUUUGUGAGGAGGUGAAACUAGAACUCAAGAUCUCCAGAUUUCUAGCCUGAUGCUUUAACCCCUAUACCUAACUGGCUUUCUUUUUGAUAUUUUAGUAUAUUAAUUCCCUGGUUGGUCUGGUCGGAUGUAAACUAUACAUCUCCCUUCUCCACUGGCAGGAUAUAAUUUAUCUCUAGCCAGAAAAAAAGAAGCAACUAAGUUGCCAUGCGAAAGCUUGAAGUUGGGUUUGUGAUUUGGCAAGAACCACCCCAAAAUGUCUCUAAAACUUAUUCUGUGCAUAUUGAUUAUAGUAAUUAAUGAUUUGGAGAAAGUUUUGAUAUGACUGAAUGUGUUCAUUCCAGUUGGUGAAUGCAGAAAUAG